AUGUACAGUUUCAUGGGUGGAGGACUGUUCUGUGCCUGUGUGGGCAACAUAUUGCUGGUUGUAUCUACAGCAACAGAUUACUGGAUGCAAUAUCGGCUGUCGGGGGCCUUUGCCCAUCAGGGUCUCUGGAGAUAUUGUAUUACUGGAAAGUGCUACAUGCAAACUGAGAGCAUUGCUUACUGGAAUGCUACACGCGCCUUCAUGAUCUUGUCUACCUUGUCAUGUUUUGCUGGAAUCAUUGCAGGAAUUUUGUCCUUUGCUCACUUCUCUACUUUCCAAAGGUUCAACCGGUCCUUUGCUGCUGGGAUCAUGUUCUUUAUCUCUACACUGUUUGUCUUGCUGGCCAUGGCAAUCUAUACUGGCGUAACAGUGAAUUUCCUGGGGAAGCGUAUUGGUGACUGGCGUUUUUCGUGGUCCUAUAUCCUUGGAUGGGUGGCUUUGCUUAUGACCUUUUUUGCUGGGAUAUUUUACAUGUGUGCUUACAGGAUGCACGAGUGUCGGCGUGUCACUGGACCCCGUUAG